AUGGUUUCUGGGAACCUAUUGAAUAUUCUCCGGGGUAAAAAAUGUUUCCUUGCAAGCGAAAAACUGGCGGAAACACGGCUAGGCGUCGGCCACAGGUUUUAUAGAGUCUUAGCGAUAGAAACAUCUUGUGACGACACUUGUGUUGCAGUAAUAGACAGGUUGUCGUGUGAUUCAGCUCCGGAAGUGCUUGUGCAUUUGAAAGAGACCCUGGAAAGCCAUGAUCAAGGCGGAAUCAUUCCGACAAAAGCGCAUUUACAUCAUCAGAUCAAGAUUGCACCAUUGGUCGAUUUAGCUUUGGCAAAAACUGAGUCAAGGAACGCUGUUGAUCUGGUAUGUGCCACGCGGGGGCCCGGAAUGCCAGGAUCUCUUUCUGGUGGACUGGAUUUUGCCAAAGGACUCGCAGUGGCAUGGAAUAAGCCUUUCCUCGGUGUACAUCACAUGCUAGGACAUCUUCUUAUGCCGCGUUUUAGUUCUAACGGUAGUGCGCCUAAUUUUCCCUUUCUCAGCUUGCUCGUCAGCGGAGGCCACACCAUGCUAGUGUUGUCGACCGCGAUUGACAAGCACGAGAUUCUGUGCGACACUAUCGAUAUAGCCAUUGGUGAUUCACUCGAUAAGUGUGCGCGCGAGAUAGGAAUUCGUGGAAACAUGAUUGCCAAGAACAUGGAAGCCUUUAUUAAGGAAAACAGUUUAGAAGCGCGAAGUCAAACCGUCAAUUUGCGUUUACCCAACCCGCUGCGCAAUCAAAAUAAACGCAUGAACAUACAAGCUUUCUCUUUUGCACCAUUUUUGACUGCCGUGCGUCAGAGCAUAACAAAGGAUAUAUUGAACUAUUCCCAGGCGGAAAUUCGAUCUAUGGCGCAUCAAAUCCAAGAGGCAAUUUUCCGGCAUCUUCUGACGCAGAUUAAACUGGUGGUAAGAUUGAACCGCGACAAAUUAAGUUCCGUUCGAAACUUUGUAUGCUCGGGCGGUGUUGGCGCCAAUACUCGUUUGAGAGAGUUACUCCAAGAGGAACUUGCCACAGAUUUCGACAAUUUUUACUUUCCGCCGCUUGGAUGGUGUACUGACAAUGCAGUUAUGAUUGGCUGGGCCGGCAUUGAGCUCCACGAGUCUCUCAAUUUGCAUACGAGUCUAGAUGCAACUCCAAUACGAAAAUGGCCUCUUGCUGAGCUGCUAAACGUUGAUGGAUGGAGGAGCUAG